AUGGAGUGGAGUAGCAGCAACCCCAUUCCCUUUAUUCCUCGGAAUGCACAAAGUCCCUUUUCCUUUCUGUAUAACUAUAACACUGUCGACCCCUAUCUAUACCCACCUGGGGGGUCAGAUAUGAAGCAUCAGAUGUUGCAGCAGGCAUCUUUACCAAUGAUGGAUCUAAGCCAAAUUGAUUACGAUAGCAACAAUCAGGACAAGAAGAAAAGAUUGACAAGUGAACAACUAGAGGCAUUGGAAAACAGCUUUCAGGAGGAGAUCAAACUGGACCCUGAAAGAAAGAUGAAGCUGGCACAAGAACUAGGACUACAGCCCAGACAAAUUGCAGUCUGGUUUCAAAAUAGACGUGCUCGUUGGAAGGCUAAGCAGCUCGAGCGUUUGUAUGAUGCGCUUAAACAAGAGUUCGAUGCUGUCUUCCGAGAGAAGCAACAGCUUCAAGAGGAGGUACUAGCAUUGAGAGCUAUACUCAAAGAACAUGGCAGUAAGAGACAAGCACAAGUUUCUGCAACAGGGUACUCAGACAUGACCGGAGAAGAUACUACUGUUGAGAGUACAUCGGUGAACGCCAUUCGCAGCUCCAACAAUGUUUCAUACCAAGCUGUUGCUACCCCAUCGUCUGCUGUGGCUGCUGGUGAAUGCAACUAUAUGCUUAACUAUGAUGGGGCUGCGGUUCCCACUCAAUCGUACUACAACUGGGCUGGUCUCCCUUCAUACCCAUGA